CUCUGCAGGAUAUCCCUAUUGAACUGUAAAGUUUAGUUUUGGUAUUUUUUAUAUUAAAUGUAUUGUUGUCAAUUUCUUCUAUGCUCAUUUGUCAAAUCUAACCUAACACCAACUAGACAACAGUUGUUUCCAGAGGUAACCUGGUUGAUUCUGCCUCUAGCUCUUGUACUUAUUCAAACUCUUGUAUUUUUUGAUUUUUGUAUAACAUUUAUAUAAUCAGCAUUCAUUAGAAGACAUAGAAUUCACAGCCUUGGAAUCAUUGCAUAAAAAACAAUUUGUAAAAAAUGUCUGCUCUUUGCUUUACAUCUAAUAUCGUCAAAAUAUUUGGAGUACCAUGUAAUUCCAGAAAGUUUAUUUCUUUCAAUCACAGGCUGUUAUUCAGAAGGGAACUUUUAGUUCCAACAUUUUGCAAUAUCGUAGUGGACAUUCCAUUUAACAUUAAUUUGAAACCUCUGGAUGUGCAUAAAUAUCAAAAUUGUAAUAGGAUAUUUGUAGAACUUACCAAUUUCAAAGAAAAUCAGAUUGAAGAACCGCUCAUUGUAGACCAAAAUAAAAACAAUAUUUAUAUUAAAAGUUCAGUAUUGAAAGAUCUUACUUCAGAGGACGUGACUUGUAACAUUGUAGCUCCUAUCAAGGCAAAUUUGAAUAUACAUUCUAACUUCGGAAAUAUUUCAAUUAAAAAUUUCAAUGGUGAAAAAGUCUUAGCAUCAAGUAAGAGUGGUGAUAUUGCUGUUGAGGGAUUCCAGGGAAAAGAAAUUGAUGUAAAAACUAGUAUUGGAGAUGUUACAUUUCGAGGAGUUAUACAAUCUUCCUCAAUUAAAGUGCAAGUCCUAGAAAAAGGGUCUGUAUCUAUCAAUAAAUUAUUAGGAGAAGAUACCUGCAUUGCUACAAAAUAUGGAAACAUAUGUGUUGAAAGCUCAUAUUGUAAUAGAAGCAAGUUUAUGACUGAAAAUGGGGAUAUGAAUUUAAGAAACAUUCAUAAACACUGCGAAGUCAUCCACCAAAAUUCCGGAAAUGUUAAUAUUACAAGUUUGGAUGGUCAAUUAUUAUUAAAACAAGAAAGUGGCAAUGCAGAUAUCCACCUCUCACGGAUUACAGAAGAUUCAGAGAUUAAAGUAUUAAAUGGAAAUGUUCUACUUCGUUUAUCAGAGGAAUGCCAAGACAAAAACAAAUUCAAUAUCCAAAGUAAAAGUAUAAAUAUCAAUCCAGAUGUUAACAUAAAACAAAUUCAUCCUGAAGAUGCUACUGCUUGUGAUUCUGAAACACACAACCAUAGGAUCGUUUGGUUGAAUUGCCAAAAUAGUUCUGUGAAUAUAGAAGCUGCAUCUUGGUUUGAUAUGAAUUUUAAUAGAAAAUCUGAUUUGGAGUAGAUAUUGUUAUUAUUGUGAUGAAUAAAAAGAAUAUUUUUUUU